AUGUCGCUAAAAGUCGAGGAAACUGAGGAAAAAGUGGACCACGUGUCCAGGAUCCGGGAGCAGUGUGUCAAUUGCUUCAAAGGUCCCAAUUUAAUCAAAACUAUCGUGGUCAUGGCUUGUUUGAUUAUUGUCGUGUAUCAGAUUAUAACAUGCAUCCAGAAGUUGACCAAUAUCCCAGUCACAACACAUACGCACUUCGACUUUAACAAGACCAUCGCCUACCCCAGCGUCACGUUCUGCCGGGAACCUCCAUACAAACAUGCUAAGCUGCAGGAAUAUGGGCUGUCUUCACAUCCUCGAUACACGUCUACCUGGAGAGACUUCAACUUCUCUGCGAUCUCUCUUGAUCAACUAUGGGAUGAGAUCACAUACAACGCUGACGACUUCUUCGUUCAAUAUGGCUUAGACUCACUUAGAGAUAAUGUGGAGUUAACACCGAGUAUGGGUUUCGUGAACGGUCGUUGCUAUACGCUCACACCUCGUAUUAAGGACACCCAAGCGACGAAGGCUCGGGGCUACUCCAUCACCCUGCAGCACACCCAAGAGGACAUUACCUCCUCUACCAGCAUUUCACCACCUGGCUACCAUGUCUAUGUGCAUUUUGAGAAGGAGCCGUAUACUGAAGUAGAAGUAUACAACGGUGGGCUGGUUGACUAUCUGUACGUAAACACCGGUGAGACAUUGGAUGUAAAGCUAUCAGUCAACGAAUACGUCAUGAUCAGCGACGACCUGAAUCCUUGCUCUACUGAACCUGCCUACAGCGCUAAUUAUUGCACAGCAAUGUACGUAUGGGAAGAGGUUGGAAGACAGGUAAACUGUUCUGGACCCUGGAUGAACAUUUCCUUACAACGCUGUGAUAACUUCAGAGAUAUGAGAAGCCUUAUAUCUGCUUAUAUCGAUAAAUAUAUUAAUCAUGCCUGUGAAAUUUGCCCGCGGAUAUGUCGUUCUCUGCUGUAUAGCGCAUUCGUCGUCGACAGACAGAAGUUCUACACCUGGGACGCUCAAACCAAUGUCUGGGCUAGUACCACUAGCGUAGCGAAUCUUCAAACACAGGUCUAUAUUCACUUCAACAAUAUGAUGGUAUCGGUGUUCGAAGAAAAAUACAAUUAUGACUGGAAUGUGUUUCUCUCAGACCUGGGUGGCAGCGUGGGUUUCCUGCUGGGACUAUCAGUAAUCGGGCUGAUUGGAAUCUUAGGUAAUAUGUGGAGUAACAUGCUGCGUCCACUGCUCUGUGCGUCCGCACCGAAUCCUCCGCCGCUAUCAGUUGAAGUUACUCCUCGAAAAAGUCGGCCAUAUUCCUAUUAA